AUGCGUGACAAAAGCAUAACAGAAACAAGAGUCGACCCUACAAAUCUGCCAAUAUCCACCUUAAUCCCCUCAAAUCAGCAUAUAUCCGCUUUAAUCCUCCGAUAUCUUAAAAUCCAUAUUCACUUCGAGGUAUACCAAUUUAGAUAUCGAACAAGAGGGAUAAUAAGAGGGAUAAAAGAGAUAUCUUCUAUAUCCCUUAAGAUAUCUCUAUAUCCUUUCUAUAUCCUCCACCCAAACAACGAUAUUCCCUUAAUCCAUAAAAUACAAAUAUACACAAAAUCACCCGAUAUCCAGUUAAUCUCGCCACUGCCACAAUAUCACCUUAAUCUUGCCAAGUCUACCUCAAUAUCACUAAUCCUUCGAGAUCCCUUUUAAUAAAAAUUUUAGUCGGCAGCAGAGGUGGGUCGAAAUUCCGAUUUCCGACAUUUUUUCUUCCAAGUUCCGAAAUUUUGAGAAAAUAAAAAAAGAAAAAAAAGAAGACAUAUCCCUCUUAAUCCCCAAAUUCCCUGAUAUCGCUUUUAAUCACCACAAUAUACU